AUGGCACCACCCACGGCAACCUACACAGAGACCACCACUCCCUCCAAGGGAUCUCAACCCGAAGGCACGGCGCCAGACGAGCCCAAACUAACUCAAGGGGGCACGGAAAUCAAACUCCAGAAGUUCCCCUCCCCUCCCAGAUUCACUGACAAGUACGAAGAGCGAGAAUACCUAAAAGGCCGCCUAGCUCUCGCAUUUCGUCUCUUUGGCAAAUAUGGCUUCGACGAAGGUGUGGCAGGACACAUCACUCUGCGUGACCCUGUCGACCCGCACAAGUUCUGGGUGAAUCCAUUCGGUCUUGCUUUCAGCCAGAUCAAGCGCUCGGAUCUGAUCUUGGUUGAUCACGAGGGCAACGUGGUCGAUGGCGGGCCAAAUCGUCUCCUCAACACCGCAGCAUACAUGAUCCACGCAGCCGUUCACAAGGCCCGCCCCGAUGUCGUUUGCGCCGCCCACUCGCACAGCAUCUAUGGACGCUCAUUCUGCGCCUUGGGCCGCCCGAUCGACAUCAUCACGCAGGACAGCUGUGCAUUCUACAACGACCUGGCCGUGUACAAGCAAUUCAAGGGUGUUGUGUUGGCGAAGGAGGAGGGUGAGAACAUUGCCCGAGCUAUCGGAAACAAGAAGGCCUGUCUGCUCCAGAACCAUGGUCUUCUCACCUGCGGCCAGACUAUCGAGGCCGCAAUCUUCUGGUUCUGCAGUCUUGAGAAGUGCUGCCACGCCCAACUCAUGGCUGACGCGGCUGCGGCUGGACGUGGCGGUGCGACUAUUACGAUCGACGAUGAGGAUGCUGCUUUCACAUACAAGAGCGUCGGUACUCCCCGUGCAGGCUGGUUCAGCGCGAAGCCCAUGUUUGAUGUCAUGGCCCAAGAAGUUGGUGACGAAUACUUGCAAUAA